CUACGCCAGAUUCGCUCACGUUGUUCUCACCGACUGGGACUGAGAAGUUUCGCCUCCCAACACGAAGCCCGUCCCGGCAUCGACUCCCAGACAUUGGUCAAGCUGCAGCAACAGGAGCAAGCCCUCGCCGCCCGAAAUCGAACUGUGCCGCCUCGAGGCUCCGAUAAAUGGUUUUACUUGACUGCCAUCGGCCUUUUACUGGCCACUCCGCCGAUCGUGUACUUUUGGUGGCAGCACCGAGCUGAGCACAUGGGGAAGAAGAAGCAGGACAUGAUCAGGCAGAUUGAAGCCAACAGGAAAGCCUUUCUCGAGCAGCAGCGAUGAGCAUCGAUCGGAUACAUAUAGGCAUCUACUACUUGAUUCUCGCUCAUUGUGGCAACAUGGGCCUCCAGAUAGGGCUUGCUGCUUGCAGAUGGACGUGGGAGAACAGGGUCGUCCAGGUCGCCGCUCCAAGCAGACGAGAAGGUGAUAUAUAUGCCGCCCAGUGGCAGCCAGACAGACUGGCAGGCAGGCAGGCAGGCAGGGACAAGCAGGUAUCCACGGCCAACAACAACAACAACGACAACACUCGAAAUCUAUGUGCGUGCGCCCGAGGAGGUCCCUGUCCACCGUUGCCUCGCACAUGGCUUCACACACAACAUUGUCACGAGUGAGAAAUCUCACUUCACCCAAAAACCUCGCUUGCUCCCGCCUGCCCAGGAUUGCCGCCUGACAUGCGCACAAUAACACAAUAGUACAAUAGCACGCCAACAAACAAAUUUACUGGCUAUUGUCACCAGCCACCAGAGAGAUGUCUACCGAAAUCACUUCUUCAUUGCUGCUGUCUCAGUCUUCUUUGCUUCAGACUUCGCAACAGUCUUCUUCCUGUACGACCACAGAUCGCGCGUCGCCCGCGGCCUGCACUACGACGACGACAUGGCCUACGUCUAUCUUUCACUCGCUCUCCUCACCGCUGCAUUCUCACUCGCUGCUUCUCUUACCUUCCUCCUCAUUCGUCCAGACAACCAGAACGAUGCUAUGCGCUGGUUCAACGUGUGCUGGGUCGCCAUCUCUGGUGCAGUACUCUGGCUUGUCAUCAGUAUCUUUCUCGUCAGGCUCAUCCAACAUUGCCGCAAGCGAGGAGAACACAGCAAGUACAACACACAUCGAAGAGACACAUCUGAAGAACGCCAAUCCAUAGAUGGCAGACCAGCGUUCAAGAUCAAGAUCAGUCGACCCAUCGAAGGCAGCUUCAUCCACUUCCAGGCAGAACAGUCAAACUCAAUACCGAGCACGAUAUCUUCAGCCACAUCGCUGCCAGAGACGCCAACGCACAAACCGCUAGGUUCUUCGCGUUUUGGCCUGAACAUUAUCACACGCUCGGAGCCGGACACGACCCUGGACCUUCCAAGCAUCUUCUCGCCCUUCAAGUUCCACCCGCCAGACGACGAGGCUCUGUACCAACAGCAUGGACGCCCAGCGAGAAGUGACUCGCUCGCGGCACUGUUAACACCCAGCACCAGCACCAUCGCUCAAACGCUCGAAAAUGCUCUUCCCAUGCCCUUCCAUGCGACAGACCCUCCGCCACGCACCCCUUCACCCGUCAGUCACUUCAAGAUCUCGCCAAUGGUGCCGCCAAAAGCUGGUAGCAGUCCCUCUUUACCAGCGGCAGCCUACAUUUCGCCAAUCAGUCAGAAAAGCCCAGUGUCAGACGAGACAGUUCCUUCAAUCACAGUCCCAAUCUCGUCUCCAAGCGAGAAUGCUGAAAACCAACACCAGAGUGUUGUACUCAAGAGAAUGGGCAAAUCUCUGCCUUCUUUGCCUGUGAUGUACAAGAUGAAGAAGAAGAAGAAUAAACGCGGCGAAGGAGAUUGGUAUCGUUGCCAUUUGAGCGAUGGAGGUCAAGGCCAUUACAUGAGUAGUGCGACUAUUUGAACAGAACGGAAUGCAGAGCAGAAUGCAGAGCAAAGAGAUCCGUAGCGACUCACCGAUGCGAUCAAGAAGUUUUCGUCUUUGCUGUACAUGAUACUUGGUU